CUCUCCAUUUUUUUCUCAUCCAAUUAUUCCUCUCUUUUUUUUCCUUCCUCUCUCUCUCUCUCAAAUUCAAAUCGAGAAAAACAAAAAAAAAAGGAUAGGGUUUUCGUCUCCGUCUCUGGUCGAUUUGGAUUCAGAUUCAUUUCGCGCCAAGCACUGGUUCCUUACCCAGCCGUGGUUAGACUCUUAGGUUCGGUUACCCCCCCCCCCCCAACACCCUGUAUCCGUAUCCCUGCCCGUGUCUGUUGUUGCUGUUUAAUCGAAUAGAUAUAACGAUGUCGCGAUAUUUCACAUCUCCACCGCCUUUGUAUGCAAGGAACUGGGCGAACGGUCAGAGCCUGGUCGAAUCGACUAAGAUCAUCGAAAGACAAGUAGUACCUUCUAACAAGGUUCACCGCAAAGAGAAAGAGAAGAAGGAGAGGAAGAAAGAAAAGAAACAUAAGAAUGUGAAAUCCGUUGAACAGCUGUAUCUACCGACCAAGCACGUGUGUGAUGAAUCUGAUCAGCUUGAGAAGAGUUGUUUGACGGAAGAGCAUGAGCAACAUCACCAUGUUGGUUAUUUAUCUGAUGGUAGCCAGAACAGUAGGAAGAGAAGAAGGGAAGCUUCUCCUGCUGUUGAGAGUGACAUCAAAGCUACACCUGUAGUUGGUAAGCCUCUACGGAUACGAUUUGUCUUCAAGAAACCUAAAGAAGCUGAGGCUCUUGUUCCUCAAGAGGAUCCUGUUUGCUCCACGUCAGGGACUGAUGGACGCAUAGAAACAUCAACUUAUGUCUCAGCCCAUGAUGAGAAUCUGCUUUCAACUUCUCUUGAGAGUCGAAAGACUGCAAUUCCUUCCGAGUCAAAGAGUAAAAGGAAGCAUAAGAUUAGCAAAGAAUCUCGGUACAGUUCGUUGUUUGAUGAACCGGUUCUUCCCUGCAUUUCUAUGGAGGAAGAUGAUAACAGCAGUGAUGACUGGCUUCUUGGUGCGAGGCGGCAAAAGAAGGCUCCUGUCAAGUCUUGUAUGAAUGAAGACAUGGUUAGCAACAUGCAGAAGUCUGGAGAUUCAUGUUUCCCUAGACCCCAUUAUUUGCCUGAAGUGGAGAUUUUUUCAUUGCCAUACACAGUCCUGUUUUAGGCCUGCCCCCAUAAUUGUUUUGUUCUUUCUCAGCUUUAGCCUUGGGCCUUAGCUUGUACAGUUCCACUGAUUGUAACAAACACAAGUAUCAAUAAUACUUUGACUGAUCUCUGACUCUAA